UAUUGUGGAAAUCAUGUUGACGCGCAGUGUAUCUGCUUCGACCAACACACCACAUUCCUGAAAACUACGCCUCUCUCUCUCUCUCUCGCUCUCCGGCUUUCCCUUUGCUCCAUCCCUCUCUUCUCUACCUUUUUAUCUGAGUGUCUGAACUUUGAAUCUGUUCUUCUGAUGGAGCCCUGGAAUUUUGUUUCCGCAAGCAAAAGCAUUUUUUUCUCGGAUGAAAUUGAUUUACCAAGUGAUGCAUUGCUAAGAAGUAGAAAAGAUGUAAUAGAAUGGGGAAUAAAGCAUUGUUCUGAUCCUUUAAGUCAUGGAGUUAUGUCAGAUAGAGAAUCAGUAGAAAGCAUGGAAUUGAUGGAUUUGGGUAUUCAUGAUGUGUCCAGAAAAGCACUUUACGAGAACAUGGGUGGGAGAUUACUUGGUGAUGGUGAAGUUUCUGCUGAUUCUAGUGCAGGGGUUGUGUCUCCUCCCACUAUGAUGACUUCUAAUUCAUCAUUCCGAGAGGGGGAAUCUACGUCGAAGCAUACAAAUUAUUUCUUGAAAUCAAAUAGUCAGGAUUCAACACUAAUUGAUCUGAAGCUUGGGAGAUUGGCUGAUUUCAACGAUUCUCUAAAUUAUAAUGUUACAAAUGAGAAUUUGCUUCAGCAUCCAGUUCAACCCCCUUUGCAAGCAAAAAGAGGUCGAAAAUCUGGUUCAUAUUCUGUUACUCCAUUUUGCCAAGUCCUUGGUUGUAACAGGGAUCUUAGCUCCUCGAAGGAUUACUACAAAAGACACAAAGUCUGUGAUGUUCACUCAAAGACUGCCAAAGUUAUUGUUAAUGGCGUUGAGCAGAGGUUUUGUCAGCAAUGUAGUCGGUUUCAUUUGCUGGUUGAGUUUGAUGAUGGUAAGCGCAGUUGUCGUAAACGCUUAGCAGGCCAUAAUGAACGUAGAAGAAAGCCUCAAUUCAGUGCCCUGGCUGGAAAAUCGCACGAGUUAUUGCAGUCGUAUCAAGGGACUCACAUCCUCAAGAGAGCACCUUUUGUCAUUGCAGAUAUAUUUCGAGGUGGCAUUCUUUAUCCAGAAAUAUAUGAGCAGGUUAAUUGGCGCAGGCAUAAUGAAUUAGAAGAAGAAACUCUCUCUCGUCAAUUGGCAGUACAGCUUGCAAAUGGACAGUUGCUACCAAAAUCAAUGUUCCAUCUACAUGGCACUGUAAAACAACAGACUCCUGGAUAUUCUCAAUCCGCAAAUGAAGAUUAUUCCAUUUCCCAUACAGCAUCAAGCCUUAAAGAAUUAUCUGCAGUUUUGCAGCCCAAAUGUGCUCUCUCUCUUCUGUCAACUCAAUCACCGGCCUUUCGUGACCAACUGGAAGAAAUUCCAGUAGGUAAGCCCCUUAUCGAUCAAGUCAAUUGUGUCCAUCAGAAUUUAUGUCAACAUUUUGACAAACCUUUAGAGGUAAGCUAUUUGGACAAUUAUACACCAAAUGAGCUUUACUCAUCCAGAGAGGAAACCAUGGAAGCAAAUCAUAUGGAGUCUCUUGUGGGUUCUGAUGUUGGUCAUGCAACUGCAUUGGAGGUUCAAUCAUGGAGGUUCACCAACGAGGCAGAUGUUUUGACUGCCAAAUAUUGUCCUUCUCCUGAACAUGGUUCAACUGUUGAUUUGCUUCAGUUGAAUUCACAUCUUCAAAGAGUAGAGCAACAGAGAAAUUCCAUGCAAAUGAAGCAGGAAAAUGAGGACCUAAUGUUGUUUCCUUGCCACUUGAGCGGCAUGAGUUGACAAGGUGUGGAGGCUGCAGCCAUUAAUAUGCUUCAUUAGAUAUUUCAACCAAGUUCGUUCAUGUGAUAAAAGUAUGUGGCAUUCUCCGGACAUCACUAGUUUUCUUUUCCUUUAUAUGUUCUAACAGAUUACCUUUUGGGGAUAACUGCUUUAAAGUGAUUACUAAGUUUUAACAUUAUUAGUUCUUUAGUUAAAAAUUAGUUCCUUUUAUUUGCAUACAUUGCCAUGGAUCAAGGGUUUAGUUACUAUA